CCGGACAGGAAUUGCCCACUGAUAUUAUCAGUCAUUGUAAACUGUCUUGGCUGGGAAGUCAAUCAUUAACUCUGCUCCCCAUGUCAUAAAAACAUCAUAUUGUAAGAGCAUGACUGGCUUAAGGCUCACACUAAUCAAUCAGGCAUACAGCAGGAAUACAGCAACACAUAAAAGGAGCCAGAGACUCGGGAAAUCCUUCAGCUAAGGGGAGACAAGCUGCACCAAGGUUUAUCUCCAUGGAGAAAUCCACUGACAAGCCAAACAAGGAAAACAGAUUGUCAGCUCCUGGAGCACUGCAGGCUGAGGCAGACCGUCCAGCGCCCGUGGCAGGAGGUGCUGCAGAAAUGAGCAGAGCAGGAUCCGUAACACAAAACUCAAAACAUGAAAAGAGAGUGGGAUUCACUGAAGAGUGUACUGAAGAAAUGGAGAGACCUUCAGGAACAGAGAGAGACAGUCCUGCUGCCUUUAAAGCAGCAGGUUUGGAACAAGACUCUCCAAACUCACGGCCGCUUGCUGUGCUAACGGACACAAACUCUCCUGAAAUGAGCACGUUGGACCUGAACCUGCGGUGCUCGGACACAGCCACCCCAGACAUGGACUGCAUGAUCUGCUUCAACAAGUACAGCAUCUACAGAGUCCCAAAGCUCCUGGACUGCCAGCACAACUUCUGCGCCGUCUGCCUCAAGCUGAUCCUCAGGAAAGAGGGGAGCGCCUGGACAAUCACCUGCCCUCUCUGCAGAAAAGCCACCUGCGUGUCAGGAGGGCUCAUCCGCACGCUCCGGAACAAAGAAGACAUCCUGGAGCGCUUGGAGAGCCUGGACUCAAACCCUGAGGUGUACAUCUGUGCCGUGGGGCUGGAUGGCAACAACAGCUGGACUCAGAGCAGCCAGGACGUGUUGAACGCAGAGGAAAGCAGCCCAGCACACAGCAGCCUGGCUGUGCAGAGACUCCUGCUGCUCCUGCUGCUCGGGGUGAUCCUCGCCCUGCUCAUCCUCCCCUUCAUGUACUCGGGGAGGGUGAAGUGGGUAAUUUGUCUCCUGCUUGCUUUGGGCUUGCUCAUGUCUAUGGUGCUUUGCUGCACUCCUAAAUUCCACUGCAGGUGCAGGAAGGACUCCCCUGCCUCCUGUGACAAGGAGAUCCACAUUGUUACUGUGGCCUGAGACAAUUAACCUGCCUGUCCCACAGAUCAGGGACUGGGCCAGGGUGCACGCUGGGCACACCAGGGAGGUUUGGACCUA